GUUUUGUUUAGAAAUAAUACUUAUGUUAUGUGAAUUGUUAGUGUUUUGUACGUGUGUGUUACUGAAAGUAUUCAACGAGUCAUUAAAUGGUGUAUUGAUGUAAUAUGGAGUGUCACGUGGAUUAAAUUACCUGAGUUUCGACUACCUUGGAUCACAUGUGGCUUUGUUACGAAGAACGUUAGUCAAGUGUCACGUUGUUCAUGUAAUGAAACGAAGUAUGCAGACUACUUUAUCCAGACAAACGAUCGGUUGUAUUGGAAAGUGUACUUCAGGUCUAAGUACCGACGAAUUAGAUCAAAUCACGGACAACAUAAACAAGACUUUAAAUCAUCUACGGGGAAGAGAGAUUUUUAAGAAAUUUCUACAACGACGCGGUCUCCGUGACAAUCUUGAGUGUUUAGCGUUGUAUGAAGCAUGUUCGGAAAUUAUCGAAAAGAGAGAUUCGAUUUUGAAACAAAGAACGUCGUUGGAUUGGUUAAUCAAGAAUGUCAUGCAAGUAAAAGAAAUGGCUGAAGAUUUGGAUGGUGUACCACAGAUAGAUAUGGCACACCUUGAACGUUUCAACGAAGCUUUAAAUAGCGAUUCGAGGACUUCUUUGCUUAGUUUAUUAGUGGAUACCAGAGAUCGCUGCUGUGAUCAUUUAAGACGCGUUCAUGAAAGCUUCAAAAAGUAUGCGUCGGAACCGUGUCCAACGACUAAAUAACGAACAUAUUUUUGUACAUUUUCAUAUUUUUAAAUCUUUAUCAAUGCAGGCAUUAACUUCAUUCGUAUAU